GUGCCAUAUCAAUGGGCAUAGUUCGAAUUGUAUCAUCGAACUCAAGAGGUUAACAAAAAUCUGUAAUAUUGCAGGCUAUAAGGAUCAGUUGAUUGUUCGAAGAGGUAGUGAUAGAUCCGAGUUGAAAAAGUGAUUUAGUGCGAGGAAGAUGUUUGUCAGACAAGCCGUUAAGGAUUGUCAUCGUCUGUGCCAUAUUGGCAUGAGGGCUCCUGGUCAAAUUGGGGCCUUAAGGCCCGCUGCUGCAAGUGCCAUACGAUAUCUUUCGGUCAAUUCUGGCCCAAGGUGUGCUGUCUUGCAGGUACGCUCGUAUCUCAGUACUCUCAGCUCGAAAGCAAAGCUGCACCAGACAAAAACAAUGAUGGAAAAAAGGCAGACCACAUUUUCAGAUCGCAGUCAGUUGAAAUUCGCAAGAAGGCUAGUAGUCAAAUUGGGAAGUGCAGUUAUUACCAGAGAAGAUGAACACGGAUUAGCUCUAGGUCGUUUAGCCUCAAUCGUAGAACAAGUAGCAGAAUGUCAAAAUGAAGGACGUGAAUGUAUUAUGGUAACAAGUGGUGCUGUAGCCUUCGGAAAACAAAAAUUGACUCAGGAAUUGCUCAUGUCGUUGUCUAUGAGAGAAACUUUGUCUCCUACUGAUCAUACAAGAGAGGAUGCACCAACCCUAGUGGAACCAAGAGCUGCUGCAGCCGUAGGACAAUCAGGUCUUAUGUCCUUAUACGACGCUAUGUUCGCACAGUAUGGCGUCAAAAUAGCCCAAGUAUUGGUGACCAAACCCGAUUUCUACAAUGAAGAAACUCGCAAGAAUUUAUUCAGCACCAUAUCUGAAUUGAUCAGCCUUAACAUCGUACCGAUCAUAAACACAAACGAUGCUGUAUCUCCUCCACCUCAAAUAGAUGAACCUAUUGGAGGCAGGCCAGGCAAGAGAGGCAUCAGUCUAAAGGACAAUGACAGUUUGGCAGCUAUGUUAGCAGCUGAAAUCCAAUCGGAUCUCUUGAUCCUUAUGUCUGAUGUGGACGGGAUCUACAACAAGCCUCCUUGGGAACAAGGAGCUAGAUUUUUGCACACUUUUACGUCUGACCUUAGGAAUUCCAUAGAGUUUGGUAAAAAAUCUAAGGUUGGUACUGGCGGUAUGGACUCGAAGGUGAAUGCAGCUACCUGGGCUUUGGACAGGGGAGUUUCAGUUGUUAUUUGUAACGGUAUGCAGGAAAAGGCUAUAAAAACAAUUUUGUCUGGUAGGAAAGUUGGCACUUUCUUCACUGAGUCAUCAGCUGGUAGCUCUGUGCCUACAGAAAUCGUUGCUGAAAAUGCUCGAUCGGGAAGUCGAGUUCUACAAACCCUCACCCCAGAACAGCGAGCGUCUUGUGUUCACACCUUGGCCGAUUUAUUGGUCGACAAACAAUCUCAAAUCCUUGAUGCAAACGCCAAGGACUUAGAAGAAGCCUCUAAGACUGGUCUUGCCAAACCUCUUUUGUCGAGACUCUCCCUUACUCCUGCCAAACUGAAGAAUCUUGCUGUUGGUCUGAAGCAGAUAGCCGACUCUAGUCACAACAAUGUAGGAAGAGUUUUGAGGAAGACCAAGUUGGCGCAUGGGUUGGAACUCAAGCAAAUUACUGUCCCUAUUGGUGUUCUGUUAGUGAUAUUCGAAUCUAGGCCAGAUUCACUACCUCAGGUAGCAGCUUUGGCUAUUGCUUCUGGAAAUGGACUGUUGCUUAAAGGUGGCAAGGAGGCAGCUCAUAGUAACAAAGCUCUCAUGGAACUCGUGAAAGAGGCCUUAAGUACAGUUGGUGCAGAAAAUGCAAUUUCAUUGGUUUCUACCAGAGAAGAAAUAGGAGAUUUGCUCUCUAUGGAACAACACAUCGAUCUCAUCAUCCCCAGAGGAUCUAGUGACUUGGUUAGAAGUAUCCAAUCUCAAGCCCAACACAUUCCAGUUUUGGGUCAUGCCGAAGGUAUCUGCCACGUCUACGUGGACAAAGAUGCAAGCCCAGAGAAAGCCCUGAAGAUCGUUAGAGAUGCCAAAUGUGAUUAUCCAGCAGCUUGUAACGCCAUGGAGACCCUACUGAUCCACGAGUCUCUCAUGGACGGCACUAUGUUCACUGAUAUCUGCAAUAUGUUGAAGAAGGAAGGUGUUAAGAUAUAUUCCGGACCAAAACUCAGUGAACUCCUCACUUUUGGACCACCACAGUGUAAGACGUUGAAGCACGAAUAUGGAGCUUUGGAGUGCUGCAUUGAAGUCGUGAAAGAUAUGGAUGACGCUAUCAAUCACAUUCACACCUAUGGAAGUGGACAUACUGAAGUUAUUGUCACUGAAAAUGAUGAUAAGGCCAGAGAAUUCCAGAAGAAGGUUGACAGCGCUUGCGUCUUCCACAAUGCUAGCUCUAGAUUCGCCGAUGGGUUCAGAUUUGGACUUGGUGCUGAGGUUGGUAUCAGUACUGCAAGAAUCCAUGCCAGAGGACCUGUAGGAGUUGAGGGUCUCUUAACAACCAAAUGGGUUUUGAACGGAGAAGACCAUGCAGCUGCUGAUUUUGCUGAAAAUGGAGGAAGAAUUUGGUUGCAUGAACAUUUACCUAUUAAUUAGUCAUUUUUAUGAAUUACCUACUCGAUUUUGAGUAUGUAAAUUUGUAUAUACUUUGUAUAAAUAAUUUUUGGCAACGAAUGUAGGAUUAAGAAUAGCGAUAUUAUAUGUCUUUUUGUUAA